AUGUCGCGUGUUGCACAGCGUGCCGCCGCCGCCGCCGUUGCGAUGCGUAGUAGUGCUGCUGGUUCGAAUGCAAAGGCUAGGCGCCAGGUACUGAAGCCACCGCCUGCAAAAGCUUCGACCGGCAACAAGAGAAGUCGGUUUGCCGUUGCAGGGGCGCCAUCUACUCCCGAAGCAUCAGAAGCUACAGAAGCUACAACAGCAGGCCUUCAACUAAUGAAAUCCCUGGGAUUUACAUCAUCUCCAGGGAGUGGCAGUAGCAACCAAUCACAAGCACAACAUGAAUCUGUUAAUGACUCAGAGCCGAUACAAAUUGAAGAUGAUGAUGUGAUUGAGGAGGAUACAGAUUUUGGCACAAAGAGGAAGCUUACUUUUGCUAUUUGGAAAGAGUUCAAGAAACUGAAAGUGUUGGGUGAAGUUAAGGCUCAGUGCAAUCAUUGCCACAAAAAGCUAUCAGGGAAAAGUUCAAGUGGAAAAAAACAACUCCAUGAUCAUCUAGCUAUCUGUACAUUGAGAAAGAUCAAGUUGGCAGGGAAGAACAAGACACUAGCACAAUCUGCUUUGAGGUUUAGUUCCAAGGAGGGAGGCAAGGUAUCUGUGGAGAAUUAUACAUUUGACCCAGAAGUUGCUAGGAAAGAGCUUGCUGCUAUGAUUACACUGCAUGAGUAUCCUUUAUCUAUUGUUGAUCAUGUUGGCUUCAGAAGGUUUGUGAGUGCACUUCAACCAUUAUUCAAGAUGAUGACCCGGAACACUAUAAGGAAGGAUAUUAUGGAUGCAUAUUUAGAAGAAAGGAAAAAGGCACAAGAGUACAUGGCUGCAACUAAGUCAAAAGUGGCUAUUACUACAGACAUGUGGACCUCUGAUAACCAGAAAAGAGGUUACAUGGCUGUGACAACCCAUUUCAUUGAUGAUUCCUGGAUGCUUAGAAACAUUAUCAUGAGGUUUAUAUAUGUGCCAGCUCCACAUACAGCUGAAAUCAUUUGUGAUGAGUUGUACGACGCUUUGGUUGAAUGGAAUCUAGAUGAGAAGGUCUCAACUAUCAAGCUUGAUAAUUGCACUACAAAUGAUAAGUGGUCUGUAUGUGGUAACCCCAUAAUAGAGCAAAUGUCAGCUAACAUGAUUGAGAAGUUUGAUAAGUAUUGGACAGAGAUUCAAGGAAUAAUGGGAAUAACAACUAUUCUUGAUCCUCGGUUUAAGACCGAUUACCUUCUUGGGUUCAUUGAGUCAAUAUCUGGGGAGGAUUCUGAAGUGUGUGCAGAGCAGGUUCGAGAAAUUAUAGAUUCUCUUUGUGAUUUGAUGAAGGGAUACGAAUUGGAAGAGGAUGGAGAUAACACAGAGUCAUCUGCUCCUCCACUUGCUAGUUCUGAUGUAUUGUCUAGCAUCAGUGCAUGUGUUGCCACUAGAAGGCCAACAAUGGCAAAGUUAAAAUCAGAGCUGGACAGAUACUUGGAGGAUGAGCUGGUCUCAAUAGCAACAAAAAACUUUCAGAUUCUUGAUUGGUGGAAGGUGAUUGGUGGGACACGCUAUCCUACACUGAGAAAGAUUGCACGUGACUUAUUUGUUGUUCCUGUUAGCACAGUUGCAUCAGAAUCUGCUUUUAGCACUAGUGGAAGGGUUCUUAGUGAUCACCGUAGCAGGCUUACUCUAGAUAUUUUGGAGGCAUUGAUGUGUUCCCAAAAUUGGCUACGAAAUAAGUAUCAAGAUGAUAAUGAAGACAAUGAUGCAAGCUUUUGGAGUUGUGUUCAAGAGAUCCAAGAUGGGAUGGAGGGGCUCGCACUAUUCUGA